AUGAUGUUUGGCACUGUCAAUGUGGUGAAUAAUUGCGUCCCACAGAGCUGGGCACACGCCGUGAACUCAUUGGCCGCACUGCAUGCAGCUGCAAGUCUUCUUUCUAGUGGCACAGAGGAAUGCCCAGUGGGCCUUGAGGCGGAUGUGCGUGUGGCGCCGGACGAUGAAAAAAUGGAGCCUUUGCUGCACCAUGACCCAAUUCCCGCGGGGGAGGCGUCUAAAUGCGUUACGCUCGCCGCCUGGUUAGAAGAGCUGGCAAGUAUCGUGCGGCUACGGUCAGGGAGAUUGGGCGUUGUGAAACUGGAUUUCAAAGAUCCCGACGCCGCUGCCAUGGCGCAUCGGUUGUUUGCCCAGUCCUCCACGCUGUAUGGUAAACUGAGCACAAAUUUUUUAUUUUGGUGGAAUGCAGACAUUGUUGCGGCGGGCCAUGAUGACACGGUAAAGAUCUCUAUGAAUCCCCGAUCGUUUAGCGAAUUUUUGGAGACAAAACUUCAUGCAAUGAUCCAUGCGUUUGUGUCUCGUUUGGGCUUUGGACUGUCGUUUGGCUGGAGAUUGCCUGGUUCCUUUAAUUCCUACGCUUUGGAGGAUAUUGUUCGGAUGCGUGAAUUUCUGCAGCGACUCGCAGCGUACAAUGCGGAUGCCGGUGAUGAUGAGGGCGGUGAUAAUAACGGGGUGUGUGGUGGCGUUCCUUCUGGGGACUUGCGCGUGCGCCCGAUGUGUGUGACUUUUGCCCUGCGGUACUCCGCUGUGUUUGAACGUGUCGCCCGUGAGAACCGGGAGGCCCUCUGGCAAUCCUUGGACGAACUUGUCAGUGAGACCCAACGCAUGUUCACCACAGCAGAGCGUGUGCCGUCGUGUUUCCUGUCGUUUUGGCGGGCCAGGGAUGAGCAAAUCACGGAGGAGCAAAUUGGCCUGGCGAAGGCACGAUUUCCGAAAUGCACCGUGGACUUCAACUGA